AUGCGCCGUUCAUUUUGUUUAUUAGGUGUGUGGGGCGUGCUGCAUGAGGAGCUAAGCAAGAUUCCCACCAUACUGCGUUUUUAUGCAAAUGCGUCUGUUAAUGCCGCAACGAAAGCCUGCCAGUCGAUGAAAAACGCCUACACAGACGAAAGCCCUGAAAUGGCCGAGAAGCGCAAACGGCAUCGUGAGGCCUAUGAGGAGAUUAUGCGGCAACAACAGCAGCAGGCAAAAGAUGCGUCUGAGGAUGCGCUGCGCGGGCUGAGUUUUAGGGAACGCCUCAAGAAGCGGUUAUCUGCCGUCACAGAAGCACUAAAAGAGGCAACAUCGACGAAUGCAGGAGCUAUGGCGCUGCUGCAACAUUGUGCCGCGUCGCAUGCGGCGGAGGUUGCGGUGGAACAAGGCAUCGAUGUGAAAAAUGUAACCAUGCGGCUGGAGAAGAAUAAGACCAGCACACAGGUUGGGCACGAGACUGUGGUAGUGGGUUAUAUCGACGCCCCGAAUGCGUCUGAAGAGGAUGUGAUGGCGUUUGCUGAGAAGCUGCAAAAGCGAUGUCCGGUAGCCAACUCGAUGCGGGAAAGAAUAGAAUGGCGUAGCGUGUCUUCCACCACCUUGAAACACGACAGUAACAAUGAUGAUAAAAACGACAGCGCCGAUAACAUUCCAAAGGGAACCCCAGGGUUUAGUCGCUACAACUCACCGACUGCCAAAGAAUCUGGCGGGGGUCUGCAGGAUCCUGAUGACCUGCAUCUUCCUCGAAGCAAGCCCCACAACGAAGAGGAAAGAGAGAAGUAA